AUGGCUGGAAAGGCGAAGCCGAAAAAGCACACGGCGAAGGAGCUCGCGAGUAAGGCUGCGGCCGCGCUCACGAACAAGGGCGGUGGGAAGAGCGGUAAGGCGGACCGACUCGGUGGAGCGGCGGGACACGCCAAGUUCAAAUGUCCCGUGUGCGCGCAGGGCGCGCCGAGCGAGAAGACGGCUGUCGCGCACUGGGAUAGCAAACACGCCAAACUCCCGUUUGUGUUCGCAGACUGGACGGACGCGCACGCCGCUUCGGGUGGUGUGACGACGCAAGGCGCUGCGGUGAAGGGUGGGAAGGAGAAGACGGUGCACGAGCUGCAAAAGACCGCGGCCGGACGAGCCGAGUUGGCGCGCCGACAGGCGGAGAAGGAAAGAAUCGCAAACUUGCAGUUUUAG